AUGUCCACCCCCCAAACCCAAAUCGCAGCUCAACUCCAGAGCACAAAAUCUCUCUCCGUCUCCCCCUCCUGGCUAGAUACCUUCAUCGCUUCCUCCAGCGCCUCCCUCCAGCGCAAUGUCCCCAUCUCCGCCCUCACCCAAACAGCCCUCUUCCGGGUCCUCUCCUCCGACUUCCGCGAUACCCUCACCACCACGAACCACUCUUCCGUCCUCCCUGUAGAUAUCUUCGAUCCGACAGUGAAAGAGAGGCGUCUGUCUGGCCCGAUACCCGUACAAGUGCUUGAUAUUGAGGACAUUGGGUCGAGUUUAUGGAGUCAGGUUGAGGCGAUUGAGCGGGUGGAGCGUGGGGAGGCGAUUCGGGGGAGGGAGAUUGUUAGGACGGUGAAUGUGGGGGAGGAUAGUGAAGAUUGGGCUAGUAACGACAAUGGCAACAACAACAAUAAUAAUGCUGGCGGUGGCAGCAAUGGGCCUCAUCGGUUGAUCCUGCAGGAUGCGGCAGGGACUAGGACUGUAGGGAUUGAGUUGAGGCGUAUCGGUGAUGUUUCGAUUGGGAAGUUGCCGAUUGGUGCUAAGAUGAUAUUGCGGAAUGCUACGGUUGCUCGGGGUAUGGUGCUGUUGACUCCUGAUUGCGCUACUGUAUUGGGAGGGAAGAUUGAGUCUAUGGACCGGGCGUGGAAGGAGGGUCGGAAGGCAAGGUUGUUGGCGAGAAUUGACGAGAUGGCACGGGAGGAGAGACAGACGAGCGGAAGCAGAGGUGGAGAUGCAAUGGAAGGAUGA